CUUUCUCAACAAUUUUCUGGCUAAAGAGUCGGCUUGACUAGAAAAGGCGAUUGUUCACAGAGCCCUGAGAUUGAUCGGAAAAUCGAUUUUUGCACCUCCGGAAAGUAUUAAGCCAAACUUCCAUAGCCGGAGCCUGUAGACCGCGGAUCCAUGGCAGCUCUCAAAGAGCUACAGCGCGACCUAGAAAACAAAGCCAACGAUCUCAAUAAGCUUCAGAAAGAUAUAUCGAAGAAUCACCAGGUCAGAAAAAAAUACACUAUUCAGCUCGGGGAGAAUGAGCUUGUCCUCAAGGAACUGGAUUUGUUGAAUGAGGAUGCUAAUGUGUACAAAUUAAUUGGUCCGGUGCUUGUGAAGCAGGACCUUGCAGAGGCAAAUGCCAAUGUUCGGAAGCGGAUUGAGUACAUUUCAGCUGAAUUCUGGAUUUCUUGGGAUCUGAUGCUUUCUUCUUCCACCAGGAAGCGCUUAGAUGGUACUCUUCAAGAUUUAGAAGAAAAGCAGAACAGCAAAAAAGAAGCGAUUUUCAAGCUACAACAGAGAAUUCAGUCACUUCAGGCUGGAAAAGGCAAGGCAUAAUCGGCAAACGAGCAUAAUCGUUCACUAGAUUGGAGUACAGAUUUCCCGAUUCAUAAAUUUAUCUUUUUGUAGGUAACUAAUGAUACAACUUCUAUCCAUGUAAUGUGUGAGAAUUAUUAUUUGUCCUUUUAAUCGAUUGUACUAUUAUCCCUGUGGAUUUUCUGUGUGGUGCUUACUUUACAUCUUAUUGGAAAAAUUUGUGUCAAAGAAGGAAUAUUAUUAUUGCCCCUCUGAAUCCCCCAUGAAUCAGUGAUUUGCCUCGCGCAUUAUCUGGCUUUCCGGAUUUUAGCUUAUGAUAAUGGAGCUGGAUUUGAGACAUUUGAUAUAAGAA